AAGAUGGAGUGUUUUAUAGGUGAUUAUAAUUGUAGAGAAAUAUUGAGAACAGGGCAAUUUUAUUCAGUUGUUUCCAUCGCAACUUCUAAUGUAAAUUUUGGAAAUUAUUAGACGCUUGAAAAACGUUUUAACACCUCAAACAUCUCACGUUUAGUUUACUUUUGGAACUACCGAAAUUAAAAUGACGUUUUUAAGGAUAUAAAGUGGACUUAUCUAGUAUUUGAAGCAUGCUAGAUUUUAUUUCGAGAUGUUUUUCCCGUUUGAGAAAGCGGGGAUGUAGAGAUGUAAGACUACUUAUGUUGGGCAUUGACAAUGCUGGAAAAUCUACGAUAAUAAACAAUUUAAAAGGAGAAGCAAGAGAAUUGACUAUUCCAACAAUAGGAUUUUCGAGUGCGGAAUUCAAGUUGGCCAAUUUCAAAGCAAUCGUGUAUGAUGUUGGUGGUGGACCUCGUAUCCGAGGGAUAUGGAAGGAUUAUUAUGCUGAGAUAUAUGGCAUGGUGUAUGUCGUGGAUGCUAGUGAUCAUCAAAGGAUAUCUGAGUCAAGAGAGGUUUUGCAUGAGGCAUUAUAUGACCCAAGAUUAGCUGGGAAACCUUUAUUGUUGUUUGCCAACAAACAAGACAUUACAGAUGCUUUAUCAGAAAAGAAUUUAGAAAGUCAGUUUGGCUUGGAGGAAUUGGCAAACAAAUGUAAUUGCUGUUACAAAAUUUUUCAAUGUACAGCUUUAUUGAAUGAAGGAAGAAAGGUUGAUGGUCAAAUUAAGAAAGGUUUCUCCUGGCUUCUUCACACUAUCAAUGAAGAUUUUACUUCGUUAAAAGAAAGGGUUUUGAAAGACACUGAAAUACAGAAAGAAGCUGACAGGAAAGAAAGAGCAGAGAGACUGGAACGAGUUAGAAAAAAUCGAGAAGAGAGAGAGAGAGCUGAACGUGAGCGAGAAACAGAAAAAAGUCAAAAUGAAAAUUGUUCCAGCGAAGACAAUGUUAUGUUUGGAAAUGUUAAAAAAAGCAAUGAAAACAUUUGUAGCCAUGUUGUUGAGCAACAUGCAAAAAAUAUCGAUGUUGAGCAACAUGCCAAAAACAUCGACGAGGCUCAUGUUGUAGAGACAUUGUCAGAAAAUUCAGAACAAACAACUAAUGUCGACAGUAAAAACGAACAAAAAAAAAAGAGGAAGAGGAAAGCAAAGAGAAAUCAAACUGCACCUAUGGAAGAAAGUGAAAAUAAUGAUGCGAGAGUUAUUUUAAAACCUAUUGCUUGGAGAACACCUCCUUCCUCUUUAAAUGGUAACCAUAGCAAUGGAAGAAAGUUGGAACCAAUCAGAGCUCCCCUUCACAAGAAUCUUUAUUCUCCACCAUCGAACUUAAAUGUGAUUUGUGAAGCUGAAAAUGUGAAAGAGGUAAGAAAUCACAUUCCAGUUUUAUCAAGAUCACGGUCAAAUGAGGUUUAUGAUGUCACAUCAUGAUGGCAUUGAUGAUGUCAUUGUGUCGGUUUUACUUGGGAGGGUGUAAAAGGUAUUUAUUGAUUUUAACAAAGAUGAACGUCGCCAUUAUUACUUAUAGAUGUUUAGUUUAGUUGAGAAAAAUUUUAUUAUUGUAGAUUGGUAAUUUAUGUAAUAAUGAAGAUUUGCAAUCUCUUUUGAGAUUAUUUAUGAAUAAUUUAAGACAAUUUUUCAUCAA